AAAAAAGAAACCGAAAGGGAAGAGGGGAGAGUAUUAAAGACCUCCACCCUGCCUGGGCACUCUCAUCUGCUUAACUGUCCAGUGUGACCAGGGGCCUCGGACGCCACAGAGCCAGGAGUCUUGUCUCAACUGCUGAACGAAUCCACCCACUAGGCAGCUGCAGGCCUCGGUCCUAGAAGAUGACAGACAUGCCCAGUGGUGAGCCCUGCACCUCUCCGCUGGAGCUGUUCAACAGCAUAGCUGCUCAAGGGGAGCGCGUGAGGUCCCUCAAAGCUGGAAAUGCACCAAAAGAUGAGAUUGAUUCUGCAGUAAAGAUGUUGUUAUCAUUAAAAAUGAGCUAUAAAGCCAUCGCAGGGGAGGAGUACAAGGCUGACUGCCCUCCAGGGAACCCAACAGCUGGGAAUAAUAGUGACCCAAAUGCCACAAAAGCCAGCGAAGAUUUUGUGGACCCGUGGACAGUACGGACAAGCAGUGCGAAAGGCAUCGACUAUGACAAGCUCAUUGUUCAGUUUGGAAGCAGCAAAAUUGACAAAGAGCUGGUAAACCGAAUCGAGAGAGCCAUUGGCCAGAGAGCCCACCGCUUCCUGCGCAGAGGCAUCUUCUUCUCCCACAGAGAUAUGAAUCAAGUCCUCGAUGCCUAUGAAAAUAAGAAGCCGUUUUAUCUAUACACAGGCAGGGGCCCCUCCUCCGAAGCAAUGCAUCUGGGUCAUCUCGUCCCGUUUAUUUUCACAAAGUGGCUGCAGGAUGUGUUCGACGUGCCCUUGGUCAUCCAGAUGUCUGAUGAUGAGAAAUACCUGUGGAAGGACUUGACUCUGGAACAGGCAUACAGCUACACCGUGGAAAAUGCCAAGGACAUCAUCGCCUGUGGUUUUGACAUCAACAAAACCUUCAUCUUCUCUGACCUUGAGUAUAUGGGGCAGAGCUCAGGCUUCUACAAGAAUGUGGUGAAGAUUCAGAAGCACGUUACUUUCAACCAAGUGAAAGGCAUUUUCGGCUUCACCGACAGUGACUGCAUCGGGAAGAUCAGUUUUCCCGCCGUCCAGGCUGCACCGUCAUUCAGCAACUCUUUCCCGAUGAUCUUCCGAGACAGGACAGAUAUCCAGUGCCUCAUCCCAUGUGCCAUUGACCAGGAUCCUUACUUCAGAAUGACAAGGGACGUGGCCCCCAGGAUUGGCCACCCGAAACCUGCUCUGCUGCACUCGACCUUCUUCCCUGCCCUUCAGGGUGCUCAGACCAAGAUGAGUGCCAGUGACCCCAACUCCUCCAUCUUCCUCACUGACACAGCCAAGCAGAUCAAGAGCAAGGUCAACAAGCAUGCAUUUUCUGGAGGAAGAGACACUGUGGAAGAACACAGGCAGUUUGGGGGCAACUGUGAAGUGGACGUGUCCUUCAUGUACUUGACCUUCUUCCUUGAAGAUGACGACAGGCUAGAGCAGAUCAGAAAGGACUACACCAGCGGAGCCAUGCUCACUGGGGAGCUCAAGAAGACUCUCAUAGAUGUCCUGCAGCCCCUGGUCGCAGAGCACCAGGCCCGACGCACAGCAGUCACCGAGGAGACAGUGAAGGCGUUCAUGACUCCCCGCCAGCUGUCCUUCCACUUUCAGUAACGCUUCUCUUCUAUGUGCAUGUAAAGACAGAACCUGUCAGGAAUCCCAGCCCUGGCGAAUCAAGCCACACUCCUAGUAGGCUUCUGUCACGUGGUAAUUCCUGGACCUGGGUCUCUACACCCUUGUGCGUCUGGAUGCUGUUUCUUCUGUGAUGUCUCUGCACCUGUUGUGUGGUCGCGUGGGAACUCAGCCCAGAAUCUCUCCCACAAAGAGCCCAUGUGUGGCACCUCCAUGGCCCACGGGGGACUCUCCAUCUAGCAGCCUUGGAUUCCAGUAAAAUCCUAAAAUCUAUUCCAGUUUUUUUUUUUUUAAGUGUAUGUGCUCAGCCAGCCAUGUUAGUGCACCCCUUAUAAUCUGCACUCCGGAGGCUAACGCCCAAGUCCUGAGCCAACCAAGGCUCCCUAGCAAGACGCUAUCAUAAUCUGUUCUGUGGAAUCAAAAUGUCAUUAUUGGAAAACUGAAGACUGCUGUGAAAAACAGAUAAGGAGACAUUUAGUGGGCAAAAGAUAAGGUGCUGGAGCCCAUACCAAAUACAUAUUUACAUAGGCUAUAGAUAAGCUUGCUUUAUACUUGACUAGGAAGGCAUCAGCCUAUCCUGGAGGUGUAGCUCAGUAGUGGAGCACUCGCCUAGCACGCAUGAUGCCCUGGGUCCAGUCUUCUUCUCCACAGGGUGGCGUGUCCUUCGGCUCUAAAGCUGCCUUUAACACUGAUUACGGGCCAGGCUGGGCCACUUCUAUUAACCCGAGUCUUGUGGGUGAAACUUCAGGCUGAGGUAACUAACCUCCAGAUCGUACGUGUCGUCCACUCCAGAAUCAUGCUUGUUGCCCUUAGUGAACUGACUUUUCCACAGGUGGCCCAGGCACUAUCUUGUAAAACCUAGUGGUGGCUUCUC